UGAUCCCGGGGGGGGGGGCGGCCGCCAUGCCGAGCCGCAGCUCGUUCACCAGCCUGGUGGUGGGGGUGUUCGCCGUGUACGUGGCGCACACGUGCUGGGUGAUGUACGGCAUCGUCUACACGCGGCCUUGCCCGGUGGCGGCGGCGGGCGGCGCGGCCGGGUGCGUCUGGCCCUACCUGGCGCGGAGGCCCAAGCUGCAGUUGAGCGUGUAUACAACCACACGGUCAAAUAUUGGUGCUGAGAGCAACAUAGAUCUGGUUUUGAAUGUGGAGGAUUUUGACAUUGAGUCCAAAUUUGAAAGGACAGUGAAUGUCUCUGUACCAAAGAAAACCCGAAAUAAUGGCACGUUAUAUGCAUAUAUAUUUCUUCAUCAUGCUGGCAUUUUGCCUUGGCAUGAUGGUAAGCAGGUGCAUAUAGUAAGCCCUCUGACCACGUAUAUGGUCCCUAAACCAGAAGAGAUUAAUUUGCUUACUGGAGAAUCAGCCACAAAGCAAAUUGAAGCAGAAAAACAGACCAGUGCUCUAGAUGAACCUGUCUCUCAUUGGAGGUCAAGAUUAACCUUAAACAUCAUGGUGGAAGACUUUGUGUUUGAUGGAUCAUCCCUCCCUGCUGAUGUUCACCGUUACAUGAAGAUGGUUCAGUUGGGGAAGACAGUGCAUUACCUUCCAAUAUUAUUUAUUGAUCAGCUAAGCAACAGAGUGAAAGAUUUGAUGGUUAUAAAUCGUUCAACAACAGAGCUACCUCUUACAGUGUCAUAUGACAAAAUAUCUCUUGGAAAACUCAGAUUUUGGAUCCACAUGCAGGAUGCCGUGUACUCCCUCCAACAAUUUGGGUUUUCGGAAAAGGAUGCAGAUGAAGUAAAAGGAAUUUUUGUUGAUACUAACCUGUACUUUCUGGCUUUGACGUUCUUCGUAGCAGCUUUCCAUCUUCUCUUUGAUUUCCUUGCAUUCAAAAAUGAUAUCAAUUUUUGGAAGAAAAAGAGGAGCAUGAUUGGGAUGUCUACAAAAGCAGUGCUUUGGCGGUGCUUUAGUACUGUGGUAAUAUUUCUUUUCCUUUUGGAUGAACAAACAAGUUUAUUGGUACUGAUCCCAGCAGGCAUCGGUGCAGUGAUUGAGCUCUGGAAAGUAAAGAAAGCUUUGAAAAUGACCAUCAAGUGGCAAGGCUUGAGACCCAAAAUUCAGUUUGGUACAUACAAUGACUCUGAAAAGAAAACUGAGGAGUAUGAUACCCAGGCUAUGAAAUACUUGUCAUAUUUGCUCUAUCCGCUGUGUAUUGGAGGUGCAGGUUACUCCUUGAUGAAUGUCAAAUACAAAAGCUGGUACUCCUGGUUGAUUAACAGUUUUGUCAAUGGAGUGUAUGCUUUUGGAUUCCUGUUUAUGCUGCCCCAGCUGUUUGUAAACUACAAGAUGAAAUCUGUUGCGCACUUACCGUGGAAGGCUUUCACAUACAAAGCAUUUAACACCUUUAUUGAUGAUAUAUUUGCUUUUAUCAUCACUAUGCCAACAUCUCAUAGGCUGGCGUGCUUCAGGGAUGAUGUUGUGUUCCUGGUCUAUCUUUACCAAAGAUGGCUUUAUCCUGUGGAUAAGAGCAGAGUGAAUGAGUAUGGAGAAUCUUACGAAGAAAAGCCAAAAAAAAAAGCUCAUAGAGAAUAAGUAAGAAUUGCAGAAGAUUCUGACCCCUGGACUCUUACUGGCUUUCAUGUAUUAUCUGGUCUUAAGGAAGGAAAAACUUAUUUAAUAAGAGUAUUUUUAAAGCUUAUGACAGAACUACAUGGACAAUAAAUCUUCUAUAUUGCCAAAAUCUAGUUUUGAUAUCCUCCUGUUUCAAGAUCCUCUUUUGUCCUCCCAAGGUCCACAGUCUGCCAGAUAUCAUGAAAUAAACUUCCUGCAUUUAAACUUCAGUGAAAACCUAAGUGUCCUGACCAUUGUAAUUAAUAACUAAGUACGUUUUUAAGACAACUCACUAACUGGAAGUGUGGUACCUGUGCCACUAGGCUAUGAAAAGUGAAAAAACAAGCCCAGUGUCUUGCAGCAGAAUUACACAUUAUUGCCAAACUGGAGGCUGUCAAAAAUAAAAUGUAUCGUAUUGGAUUAUAUGCUAAUUAAAAAUCAUUCUUGUUUGAUAAUGGAGAUAAAGAGAAAUCUAGAAAUUGUGAUUAAAGUUGUAAGUUGUAUGUGGGCAUUGAAGUUCAUAGCUUAAAAAAAAUGUUGGAAAUACAGGAUGAGAUAUGGGGUUGUUAAAAUUCAAAUUCUGUACCUUCUUAGCCCAUAGCAUGGCAGAGGGUUUCAGUUGUCUUAAACUGAACAAAUAUGUGAAAAAACUGUAACAUGAGUUCUUUCAAUAUAUACCCAAGAUUAUAUAAAUCCUGCAUUAAAUUCUUCACCGUGUGGUACCCUACUAGGGUGUGUGACCUACUAGGCCAAUUCUCUCAUGUUUCAAAGGGAGUAUCCUUGAUCUUUCCCCUCUCCCUCCCUGCCCCAUUCUAUUUAUAAGAUGAAACACACAUCAUUAAAGUGGAGCGAUUUUGCUCAAAUACAAUACAGGUUCAACAAACUACCUGGAUACAUAGGAAAAAAAUCAGCCUGGUGAAGAACAGGUAUCUUCUUCUCACACAAUUUAAAAUCCAUAUUCCAUGGAAACAGUUCAUUAAGGGAGGUAUUUUAAUUUGUUUCUUCCAAGUUAGUAAAAAUAAUUAGGUUGAUCCUUGCAUACAAAUCCAAACUUCACAGCUAUAUCUAGAAACUAUGGUUCUAGUUUUUUAAAUACAGAGUGCAUUCCUUCCAGCAGUAAAUAAAAUGCAAUUAAAAAGUCCAAAAGACAGAAUUCUAGUUUCCAAUUCUAGCUUUGCUUUGGUCAGUUUACAAAUAAACCCUAGUGAUUCUUCAGUUUCUUUAUUAAAUUGCAUGCUGUUUGUGCAAUGCUAUUUAACUUCAGUUUGUCAUUGAUUGAAAACACUUAACUGAAUAACCCUGAAGAACACAGAUCUACUUCUGUAGUCUGUAACUACUUCAUUAAGUAGAUUUUACCCAGUUCUGAUACUGCAGAAGUGUAAACAUAUAAAUACCUGGGUCCCAAAAAGAUACAGAAAUGUGCCCAACAUCUUUUGUCACAGGCUUUCUUUUACUCUUAAGUUCUCCUUACAAGCUACUGGCAAUGGAAAGGAGUCUUGAAGUGAAUAUUUAACUCAUUUUCAUGUUAAGGUCUCUUUACACUGUUAAUUUUAACUAAGGAGGACUAUUGAUUUUAGCAUUAAACAUAUAUAAAUAAGUCUAUGCAAAACUGGGAUUGCAUCUGCUAUAUCUUGUACCUGUUUUAGAUUUGUUUGGAAGGAGCUCUUUGCUGGUAGGCAAACUAAUUUGGGACUUCUAUUUCAUAAUAAUAGAUAAAUGUUAAGUGUGUGAAAUUUUUUCCUGAUUUAAAUAAUGCAUAUAGCACAUUCCCUUUUUGUGCCAUUUCAAAACAACCAAGUCAUUGCUGCUUCUAGAGUAACUUCUGGAAGUCCAGGAUACCAUAUUCAGGUAUUUCUAAUGUUUAAUCACUCAUUUUUGUAUGUAGCUGUUGAAAAAUCACUGUUGCACCUUUACCUACUGUGAGUUUAUUGGUCUUCUGUCUUGCAUUUCUGAUGACAAUGACCUCAUAAUAUACUUUACAGUAGUCAUAAAAAAUUAUAAAAUUAGAACGUUUUAAGUCUUUAAAAUGAGCAAGACUUUCCUGUUCAAGUCAUUGUUUUAUGCAUUCCAUUUCCAAAUAAAAGACUUGGCAUAUGGGAUAGAGAGUUACCUUUUGUUGUGGAAAGGAAAGGUGGUGAAAAACUAUGUAAGUAGUCUAAUUUUUGAGAUAUUAAAUGAAAUUAUUUAA